UAUAAACUGCCCUAGCUGGCUCCGCGGCGUUUCCUUCGCGCGGCAGAUGUAAAGGUCCAGGCGUUAAGUCCGCUUAGAGCCCGUAGUCCAAUUACCGCCAUGAGGGCGCAGGGGAGAUCCGCGCCAGCGCCGCCGUGCCGACGGUGGAGGUGAACGCCGCGCCACAACAUGCCCGCGCCGUGAAACGACAACCCGCCAUCAGCGAACCAGCCGCGCCGCGCCGAGACGCGUAACCGAGAAAUAACAAGGCCGGUGUGUUGAGUUCAUUUUAUACCUUUUAUUUAUUUUUUUGGCGGGGAGCCGUCCUGGUGUACACUUGGGGCUUAGUACACACGGCAAGGCCCCGGGAGCGGACCAGCCCUCCCCCGGUAAGCCUUUGAAGAGUAUAUAAGACCUAGACGCGCGCGCGCGCGCGCGCUCACACGCGCGUUCGCGUCAUCGGGUGACAGACGGGAGUGUGUGCGGAGCUCCUGCGAGGAGGCCGGCGGUUAUUAUGGAAACCUACACCGAUGUGUUGCUCGUCACCGCCAACGUCGGAUCGCUGUUUGACAACGUGGGCGAAAUUCAAAAUGAAUGGCUACGAGAAUUUUAUAAGACUGUACACAAGUACAAGCCGCAGUUCAUUGCCCUGCAUUUCCAGGAGGUGGGAGGAAAGGACUACACGGUCAACAUGGGCCACGCAGAAAGCUUCUUUUGGAGCAUUGAGUCAAGUGAAGAAAUGAGAGAAUUUGACAGAGCCUGCAUUUAUGUGGACAACCAGUUCAAAGCGGAGGACAGCUUCACGGCUUUGGGAAGCAUGUACUUCAUCCACAAGGCACUGAAAAACAUCUAUCAGUAUGAUUUCACCGUUAAGGAUUUUAAGGCAGUGUCAGGGAAGAACAAGUAUGUGGGCUCCCUGGACAGAGUAACCACAGCGGAGAAAGAAAAAUUCCCAAAGAAUUUCUGGCCUGACUUUAAGUGGUCCAGAAAGGGCUUCAUGAGGACACGGUGGAUCAUCCACAACCAAGGUCUGGACCUGGUGAACGUCCACUUGUUCCACGAUGCCUCCAACCUCAUUGCCUGCAACUCCAGUCCCUCCAUCUACUCGGCUAACCGCGCAAAGGCACUCAGAUACGUCAUCAACCGGAUAUCGGACAGCAGCAACACCCCUCUCCCCUUCUUCCUGUUCGGAGACUUUAACUUCCGUUUGGAUACGCUCAGUCUAGUCCAGUACCUAUCCACUUCAGCAGACGUGCAGACUGUGAAGAAGGACAGCAGUAACGAAGUGGAGAAAAUCAUCUGCGAGGCGAAGGACAACGACCACAAGGUUCUGCUCCAUAUUGAAGCCAAGCUGUUUGCCUACCUGCACCAGGCUGUCUUCAGGGAGGACAAUGGCAAAGCACUUUUGAAAUACGACAAAGAAGUCACGGCCUUUCAUGAUGUGGUUAGAGAAGAGCAAAUCCUUUUCCCACCCAGUUACCCCUACAGCGAGGAGUACACCAAGCCUACCCAGUACAUGAACACACGCUGUCCUUCCUGGUGUGACCGUAUCCUCAUGUCACAUGCUGCCCAAGAGUUCAUCCAUAGAAGGGAGGACGCUGAGAGGAGCGUGGUUUAUAACACACUGGGUCCUAAUGUCUGCAUGGGAGACCAUAAGCCUGUUUUCUUGUUCUUCACACUUAAGACAAAUCACCACUGACAGGGAUCCCUUUAGAAGGUUUGUUGUCCUUUGGAGGACCUGCCACACCACAGUAUCGAUAAGAGAGGGUCCACGACACGAUCGCUAAGCACCGCAUCCUCACCUCGUCCAGCCUCGGGGCCUAACUGAAUGCCACCUUCACCCCCCCCACACAUCGCCGGUGUCCAACAUCAGAUCAUCCUGCAACCCAUUGAUUCCCGCGGCUGGGGUUGACAUCAUCACAAGUUUGAUCAUCACCGGCAAUAUGGAUUUUUUUUUUUUUGACAGACAAUUUUCCCGAUCUUCCUCUCGGCCACAGAUCUUCAGUCCUCUGAUGACUCAGUGGCGCCGGAGAGGAUGCCGGGACUCCCUUCUUGCAGUCGGCGACUUCUGUUUCCAGCUCCAUUGCAAAAAACUGCUCCGUAAAUGUGACCAAAUGGUUUGUAACUGUGAGUUAGCUCUUGCCCAGGACCCGUGUGAAUAUGAUUGUGCAUGUCUGUCGGGUAAGUCGAUGGAAAGACGUCAAGUUGCGCACACACCCACCCACGUACAUGCAUGCAGUCACGUAUACACUUGAGUAAGAAGUGUAAACCAAUCUUAAAGCAGCGCGGGUGCACCAGUAAAUAAUGAGCAUCACUCCUGCCGACAUGCUUGCUCGAUGUUAUUAUCUUUAUUUGGCUGUUUUUAUUCAGUUAUUUAUUCUAAGAACACUGUCAAUAUGAGAUUUGUACACGGCGGGUAAAGAGGACACAGGAAUGCUGCUAUCUCAGUUUGUCGACCAACCUCACACGAACCCACACUCGCUCUAAAAGGGAUCUCCCACACACACACACACACACGCGCCAUCUUUUAUAGUUUUCGCCACCUACUCACAGCUCGUGAUGUCUUGGCUGCAGUGAAAUUAAGACUGUGUGUUGAAUUAGGCUUGUAUAGAUGUCAACCAGCUGUUUCUGGCAUCUGUAAAGCUGUGGAAGGGGUUGUCGACAAGUGUUUCUGGAGCAAUUAGACCACUAAUGUUAUCGCUAAACAACCACAAAUACUUUAUAACCUCAUAUUAUUGCCACAUCACUAGACUGACGGUCAUGAAACAGAAGUGUAGAGUCUCGCCCACCUUGACUUCAUGUGAUAUAAGUACAAAGACCAUUUCCCGGGUGUUGUAACACACGCCGUUUUCUAUGUAGCAUGUGGUAACUACUUUAUACUGUUUAUAACAAGUGCAUUAUUCUACGAGCUGUAACCAGUCAGUUGUUGAUUCUCUUUAAUAACACUUUUUACCCUACAAGGUGUACUGACAGUCGAAUUUUGUCUUCGCCUCUGCACCGCACGGCGAGUUCCACCGACACGCCCCCCCCCCCUUCUGCUUUGGCUGGUUCCGCGUCGUGUCUUUGCCAAAGGACCGUCAACAUGUUUACCACGCCACUGUCACACCGGAAUGCGGACGGUUGUUAUUGACUUACUGUACCGCCUGAUUUCAGAGUGUGCGCACACACACACACACUGAUAAAGGCACAUACAUAAACACUGACACACCACUCAACAUGUGAAUGGUGCUAGAAGAGGGAUUUUUUUUGCCCCCUCCCCUCCCCAAUUGUAUCCAGCUAAUUACCUCACUCUUCCGAGCCGUCCUGGUCGCUGCUCCACCCCCCUCUGCCGAUCCGGGGAGGGCUGCAGACUACCACAUGCCUCCACCGGUACAUGUGGAGUCGCCAGUCGCUGCUUUUCACCUGACACAGUGAGGAGUUUCACCGGGGGUGGGGGUGGGGUAGCACGUGGAAGGAUCACGCUAUCCCCCCAGUUCCCCCUCCCCUGCUGAACAGGCGCCCCGACCAGAGGAGGCGCUAGUGCAGCGACCAGGACACAUACCCACAUCCACAUCUGGCUUCCCACCCAAAAGACACGACCACUUGUGUCUGUAGGGACGCCCGAGCCAGCCAGAGGUAACACGGGGAUUCGAACCAGCGAUCCCCGUGUUGCUAGGCAACGGAAUAGACCGCCGCGCCACCCACACGCGCUAGAUUGAUUCCGUAGUUGUGUAUUUCUUGAUCCGUAGCACCAAAUGUGGAUUGUGCGUUUGUGUAAGUGCGUAAGUGAUUGGCCGGUCUUAAUUUUGGAUGUGGUUUUAAUAAUGAACAAUUAAAAGACUUGUUAAUCGGUAUUUUUUUUUUCAAAAUCUUCUUGAGGCUUUGCAAGAUGCCCCCACACACCUUUGCCACAAAGCACGGUGUUUGCGCACCAGUCCCCAAAUAUCUGUGCGGAGCUGGGCUCGCGGGCAUGCUCGUGUAACGGGCCUGGUCGCGGAGACGCGGAGAGGCUCGUGCGAAAAACACGCGUCCCCAAAGUAUUGUGCAGGAUCAAUAACGCACGUGUCCGAGCGGAGGGCUUAAAGGGCCCCUUGUCAAUAGCGGCGCUGUAGCGGCUGAUUCAUGGUUUGGUCAAUGCGUUGUAAUGCUCGCCCGUCCGGCGCGCGGAGGGUCGAUACGGGGUCAAUACGACCAUUACUUCAAGCCGGCGCGUCGCUUCUCUGCAGCUCUCAUCACACAAACACACGCAUGUUCACGGUGUUUUACUUUUGUGAAUAAAGUAUUUUCUUGGAAAACCCCCCGUGGAACAUCGCUCAGCCCCCCCUCCCACCCCCCGGUUU